AUGGCGAAACUCAUACCAUGGCUACUCGUGCUGCUGCAAGCCACGGCAGUCUUGGGUGCCAACUGGGGAUUACCGUUCACGGACAAGAAGCCGAACACCAGGCAGACCGGAAAGGAUGUGAAGCCUGCUGUUGACUACCAUCCAGACGGACAGCAUCAUGGCGACUACGGCGCCAACCACUACAACGCAGCCAUGAGGCUUCUGCGAAGUAUUCCGAGAAUGAACAUGCAAAGCCCGAAAGAUACGAGCAUAUUCUCGACAGCGCUGCAAUAUGUUCUCAAGACCCUGCCGACUGGGCCAGCCUCGGCGCCCUCUAGCCAUCACCACCAUCACCAGACUGGUGUUAGCGGCACUUUGGCAGAGGCGACCAAGGCUCUUGAAGAUGCUGUUGCUGCGAAUAGCUCCGAUGCGCUAUACUUGCUGGCAGACAUGAACUUCUUUGGCUACUACAAUCACCCGCGCGACCUCAACAAGGCUUUCCAGCUGUACGAAUCACACGCCGAGAAGUACGGCAAUGCUACGGCGCAGUACAUGCUGGGGGUGUACUAUUCGACUGGCCUCGCCGGCGUAGUUGCGCCUGAUCAGGCGAAAGCUUUGCUGCAUCACACGUUCGCAGCGGCGGGAGGCAGCCCGAGGUCUGAGAUGGCCGUGGCGUAUCGACAUUUUGCUGGAAUUGGGGCCAUCAAAAGUUGUGAUAAGGCUGUUGCUCACUACAAGCGCGUGGCGGACAAGGCCAUCGAGUGGUAUAGGUCAGGGCCGCCGGGAGGUCGCACCUGGGUUGUACAAGGAUGGCGCAUUGCCGACGACGACGGUGGCGUGUAUGGCGAAGGCGCAAGCGCAUCCAGCGCAGGUAUCAACGCCUUCCGGCCGAACCUCAACUCAGAUCAGAACGCUGCGAUUGGAGAUGUUAUUGAAUACCUGGACCUCAUGUCCCAAAAGGGCGACUACAAGGCGGCCUUCAACCUGGGUAGAAUUUACUACGAAGGGCAGCGCGGCUUGGAGAGAAAUCUCGACAUGGCGCGAAAAUACUUUUGGGCUGUCACUACGCGCUACUGGAAGCGAGACGGACGCAUCGUCGAAAAUUACAAGCCCGGCAUCGAAAAGACUGCAUGCAAAGCGGCAGCAUAUCUCGGGCGCAUGUACUUGCGUGGUGAGGGGGUCUCCCAGGAUUUCGACAAGGCGAGAAUAUGGUUUGAACGUGGCAUCACCAACGGCGACCCCCUUGCUCAAUAUGGUCUUGGCUUGAUGCACCUGCAUGGCUACCUUGGCAAGGUCAGGAUACAGAAAGCGAUGAGCCUGCUCAAGGUGGCUGCCGACCAGGACUUUGCGCCAGCACAGGUCGAGAUGGGCCGACUCCACCUAGAUCAAGGGUCAACGGAGGACCUGCGAGUGGCAAACAAUUACUUCGAGCUCGCGGCUCGGUACGGCAACAUUGAAGCCAACUACCAUUUGGCCGAGAUGGUACACCAUAGCGUAGGACGCGAGAAGAUUUGUGCAAUUUCUCUCAGUUACUACAAGAGCGUGGCGGAGAAGGCCGAGCCGCUGGUAUCAUCGUGGGCGGACGCCAAUGUUGCCUACGAAGCGGGAGACUACGAGACUGCCUUUCUUGGCUACUUGCUUGCCGCGGAGCAAGGAUACGAGAGAGCUCAAACCAAUGUGGCGUACAUGCUGGACUGGGGAAACACCCAGCUUCCAGCCGUGAACUACUUGCGCCAACGCAUCAGCGGUAGUAAGCCACACGGUGGACUACUGAACAACUCGGCACUCGCCCUGGUGCAGUGGACCAGAUCAUCGAGGCAGUCCAACAUUGACUCCAUGGUGAAGAUGGGAGAUUACUACUAUCACGGCAUUGGCACAGAGAAGGACAUUAGCAAAGCUGUGCAAUGCUACACGUCUGCUUCCGACCACUCCCAGAGCGCGCAAGCUCUGUACAACCUUGGCUGGAUGCAUGAGCACGGCGUUGGGUUGAAGCAAGAUUAUCACCUCGCCAAGCGCUACUACGACCACGCUCUCAUGGUGAACAAGGAGGCUUACCUGCCCGUCACUCUGAGUCUGCUCAAGCUCCGAGUCCGCAGCGCCUGGAACACACUCACCCACGGCGAAAUACAUGGCAUCCAGGAGGAGCCCAACGCACGCAAAGACUGGUCACUGUCCGAUUGGAUCGCGCACUUUAUCGACCAGGGCGAUGACUAUAUUUACGACGAGGACGGCUACUACGACGAUUACUUUGACGAUACCAUGGAUGGCGGCGAUGGCGAGUAUGACGAUGCCGGUAUCGUUGAGAGUAUCCUGAUUCUCGGUGUGAUGACCGCAUUGAUCUUCUUGCUGUGGUGGAGGCAACGUUUACAACAAGCGCACGCGCAGCGCGAGGACGAGAGGCGGAGAGAGCAGGGGCUUCCACCAAUGCCGCCUCCUGCGCAACCUGCGCCUGGCAACGGGUUCGCAGGAUGGGCUGGUGGAGGCAUGGGCUUGUAG